CUAUCCGAUAAGCAUGUAUCUUUUAGUGAUGUGUGCACACACUGUUCUGGUAUUUUUAUACCGCAUUCCGUUAGCAUGCAGCACGUUGAGCAAAAGGUAAACAAAGCCAAAAAGGCGGAUAAAAAGCAACGUCGCUGCCUGGCAAUCAUAAAAUCUGACUGCAAUGUAUGUGCAAGUGAUGUACCAACUCUAUACCUGGCUGUGCUUAACGUAGGACUCAGCAAUGGACUUACCGAGGAAACGCUACUUGCAACAGCUGCCAACACCGGCGGUCAAGUGUCGCAGGUAUUGAUGUUGCCAUCGAAGUCUUACUGCUUUUUAGUGUGUGCCUCAUUAAAGGAUGCCGAGUUGGUGUAUCGGGGAAUGCACAAUCUGGCGACUAUCGGGCAGCAAGGCGCGGUGGCCUACCUGAGUUAUGUGACACAAUUGCCUAAGGAAACCGAGGAAAGCGGUUGGAAAAAACAGCUGCCCAGUGGAUUAAUUUUAUUGCCAAAUUUUAUUAGCGUUGAAGAGGAAGCAGUUCUGCUAAAUGCUGUUGGUGAUGGCGACGCUGGUUCUGUUCGUACGGAGGACACACUAAAGCAUCGUCAUGUUAAGCACUUUGGCUAUGAAUUCCUCUACGGAAGCAACAAUGUGGAUCCCAUGCAACCUUUGCUGGAGCAGCCCAUACCAAGUGCCUGUGAUUUCUUGUGGCCUCGUUUGGACAACACUGAACUGCCAAAGAUCUUGACACCAGAUCAAUUGACUGUGAAUGCCUACGAGCCAGGACAGGGAAUUCCACCACAUGUGGACACGCAUAGUGCAUUUGUGGGGCCAAUUCUAUCGCUCUCCUUGCAAUCCGAUGUCGUCAUGGACUUUCGACGCAAUAAUGAGCUGGUUCACGUUCUUCUGCCACGGCGCUCGCUGCUUGUUAUGUCUGGCGAGUCACGAUACGAUUGGACACAUGGGAUCAAGCCCAAGCACAUUGAUGUGCUGGCCACAGCUUCGGGUAGUCUAACGACCCAGGCACGCAGCAAACGCACCUCGCUCACUUUUAGAAGGUUACGUCGCGGACCCUGUGACUGUCAAUUCCCCACGCUCUGCGACACACGACAAACUGCAGUUCCACAGGCUCUAACUGAGGCGUUGAUCACGCAUGCUAGCUACUUGGAGCAGCAAAAUGUGCACGAAGUGUACGACAAGAUUGCCGAUCACUUUAGCGACACACGGCACACGCCUUGGCCGCAAGUUGCUGACUUUCUCAAUAGCUUCGAAGCGUCUUCAGUGGUUCUGGAUGUUGGUUGUGGGAAUGGCAAAUAUCUAGGAUGCAAUCCGCAGCUGCUGAGCAUCGGCUGUGAUCGUUCCAUGGGUCUACUGGGUGUGAGUAAUGGCAGAGGACAGAGCGUGUUUCGAUGUGAUUGCUUGCAGUUGCCGGUGCGCAGUGCCGGCAUGGAUGGCUGCAUCUCCAUUGCGGUUAUCCAUCAUCUAGCUAGCACAGAGAGGCGUCUAACAGCGAUACGUGAGAUGGCACGCGUCUUGCGUCCUGGUGGUCGUGCUCUUAUCUAUGUCUGGGCCAAGGAUCAGCGGAAAAACGACAGGAAAUCUGCGUAUUUGCGACAGAAUAAAGCUGUCAACAAAGAGCGCACCACGGAGCAGGCGCAACGCCAGAAGCUGGCGCAGCAAUUGGAAGGCAUAGAGCUGGAGCAACAGCAGCAGGUGCAAGUGCCACUGCCUGUGCACACAAACCGCACAGAGUUCCAGCAACAAGAUGUCUAUGUCCCAUGGAAAACAAAAGACGAGCAGCGUACAACUUUCCUACGAUACUAUCAUGUCUUUGAGGAGCAGGAGUUGGAGCAAUUGGUGUCUCAAUUGCCUGAAGUUGUGCUGCUUCGUAGUUACUAUGAUCAGGGGAACCAUUGUGUCAUCUUUGAACGGAAAUAGACUUGAAUUUGUAUAUAGAAAAUGAAAUAAAGA